ACGCUGGGCGGGUUCCUCAUACACAGUUGUUAGGAGCGACUCAGCGAACAGUCCCACGUGUACAAAGCGCUGAUGCCAUGCCAAGUGUAGUCACAUCACCACCACGGGAGCUGCAGCACCUCAACAUGGACAUGGAGGAUAAGAAGAGGAGGCUAAUUAGAGGAAGAAACUGCCGACUGCGCUGUAGAUGGCUUCAAGCUGCCAGCACCGAGGGGUUUUGUUUCGAGGAAAUGUCCCAGUGGUCUCAUUCACUUGAGACACUUCUGUCAUCCAAAUAUGGCACGAAUAUAUUCCAGGCCUUCUUGAAGUCCGAGUUCAGCGAUGAGAACAUCGAGUUUUGGCAGGUGUGUGAGGACUACAAGAAGAUCAAGUCGUCCUUCAGGAUGUCGUCGAGGGCCAAAAAGAUCUUCAAACGCUACAUCCAAGCCGAGGCUCCGAGAGAGAUUAACAUUGAUCACAAGACAAGGGAGCUGAUCAGGUGGAACAUUAAGGCGCCCACCACAGUGUGCUUCGAUGACGCACAGAGGAUUGUGCAUGGGCUAAUGGAAAGGGACUCUUAUCCACGUUUCCUCAAGUCUGACAUUUACCAAGCUCUAAUGGACUCCACGCCGGAAACAGGGAAGAUGUAAAGAACAGAGACACUGGGGACAUUGUAUUCUUCAAAGCUGUGACAGUGAGCUUGAGUCAAACUCUGGACAACCUAAGAAAAGCUUUGGUGUGUGGUUGCUUGUCUUGGGAUGACCACGGCCAAAAGCGUUGAAAACAUUCAAAAUGCUCAGCACAUUCAUGCCUCCCUUUUCAACCGGAGAGAGGCCAUGUUUUGCGGUCGCACCUGUUGUGAUCGUGCCUGUAAAUAAAAGCGAAAGACUUCCCAGAGAUGCAGUGAUGUUACAGUAACAGUGAGAGGGACUUUCUGUGAGAGAUGCCAGGAAGUGGAUGUGUUACACAUCUGCCACCCAAGACUGUAGAGCUGGUAUCUACAUUAGCACAACGUCUCAUCUCAAGUUUGUUGUUAUGACAAAAUCAUAUUCUGCCGGCUGUGCUGUCACGCUAUAAUAUGUUAUGUAUUGUUAAAACAAACAUAAUCUGUUAUAAGCUACUCUCCACAGUGUUAUGAAAGAGUCAUGAUUGUGAAUAUUAAGAUUGUUUUGCGCAUAUUUAAUAAAAAAAUAAUUAUUUGAAUUGAAA